AUGGUGAGGAGGCAAGUGGACAUGUCUGUCGAAGAGAUCAGAGUAGACGUCGUGGAUGCGCCAGAGUUUGCUCGCCCUGAUUUCUUGCCACGCUGUAAUUCGGUGAAUUAUCACCACAUUAUCGUCGAGAUCUCGCGAAGAAGGAAUAAGUUGAAGAAGAAGGAUCCGAAGGAGCAAGUCAGAGAAAUGCAGAGGAAGAUGAGAGGAGAGAUUCGAGCUCUGGACAGGCAGAUUUAUGGGAUUCAGCGCGAAGAACAAAAGGUGACGAAAGAGAUAAAAGAAGCUGCAAAAAAAGGAGAUCGUGACGUAUGUGUUGUACUGGCAAAGUCGUUACUUCAAUCCCGUAAGGCUGUGGCUAAAAUUCACGUUAGCAAGGCACAAAUCAACUCAGUCAUAAUGUGUAUGCAAGAGCAACUAGCAACAAUGCGGAUGGCAGGAUCUCUUCAAAAAUCCACUCAGGUCUUGCAAGCGAUGCAGAGUUUGGUAAAGGUACCAGAAAUAAUGAAAACUAUGCGGGAAAUGUCUCAAGAAAUGAUGAAACUCGGAAUCAUAGAGGAAAUGAUCGAAGAAACCAUGGACAGCAUGGAACCAGCAGAUCUCGAAGAAGCGGCACAGGAAGAAGUGGAUCGUAUUCUCUGGGAAGUAACUGCUGGCGAACUAGGAAAAGCUCCUGCAGCUGCAACUGGCGAGCUUGGAGCCGAACAAGAAGCAACCCCAGAUCUCAGCUCAAUGGCGCAGCGACUUGCCGAACUCCGAGAUUGA